UAGAAGGGAGGAAACGACGCGUAUGCGAACGACGCCGAGGUCUUCUCCGGCUUCGGUUGAAAGAGUGUUCGCGUCUACGGGCGCGGCUUUUGCGUCUCGAGCUGGCGUUUUACACGGGAAAAUGUCCUCCCUCGACUAUCUCGACUUGUGUCGACUCUGUCUCGUGAAGGACCGUGUCUCCGUGCCGAUAUUUGAGGGCGAGGGCGAUGUAAGGCAAAUUUUUCUCAAGAUAACCGCCUGCCUACCGGUCAAGGUCGAUAGGGAAGACAAGUUACCUAAGAAAAUAUGUGAUGACUGUGUGUAUAAAGUAGAAUUAUUUUAUCAAUUUUGGAAUACAUCGGUUAAUGCGGAAAAACAAUUGUUACAAUGGCUAGGAGAAGUUGGAUUAGAAGAAAAGCCAGAUUAUGUUACAAAUGUUCUCAAUCAAAACGUUAUGAAAUCAGAUCCAAGCGGUGGAAACAGAUUAGAUGGAAGUAUGUUGCAGCAAGUAAGUGGGCAUCAAAACAACAUGGGUAUGGGUAUGAUGGACAACAUCAGCUUGAGUAUGCCUAUGAUGAUAUCCACGACCAAUCAACAACAAAUAACCUCAGUUCCUAUGGACACAAGUGGUAGUUCUGUGCAAGAAAUGCCUGGUACAAGUACUCAAUCUACGCACGAACAAAUCACACAAAGUCAAACAAACACAAGCAAUCAACAUGAAGAAGAGGAAGAAAGCAGUGAAGAAGAGGAAAACUCAGAAGAUGAAUGUGAUGGGGAAGAAGGCCUACCUGUUAAAGAAGAAAGUGAAGAAGAUCCUAAUAAUAGCAGAGUCAUCGAACCAACAACAUUUGUAAAUGUUUCAUUAGCAUGCGAUGAAGCUGGCCCAUCAGGACUUCAGCAACAGAAGGUUACUGAGAUGCCUGAAAUGGCAAUGCAACAAAGUACAGAUGGAGAUCCCAAAUCUGGGUACGAUCACGAGGAUACUUACGACUCUCACGGUAUUUUCAUCUACGAUAAAGAAUCUGUGGUAAUGAGGAAAUGGCAGAUUUUAGAAUUCGAUGGAAAGCCAUAUUAUGCAUUUGUACCGGAGGAUGACGUACCGUUACCAGACGAAGAUAUUCCUGAGGAAUUGGAGGAGAUCGUAGAGAAUGAAGAAGAAUUGAUCAAGGAGGGAAAGGAAGAUGAAAAUGAUUUGGAAGAUGAGCAAAGUAACAAGGCACAAAAAAUUGAAUGCCUUUAUGCCGAAGAAAGUUUACAAUAUGAUUCGAUGGACGAGAAAAUUUACGAAGAAGAAAAUAUUUUUAAUGGGAAUUACGAGCAAAAGGAAGAAGAGAUGAGCAUAAAACCGAUCGUACUUAACGGAAGUAACGGAGUAGAUGGUAGAAACCCUGUGGGAGAUUUGUAUCAAGUGAAAAUGCAAGGUAGCAUGGUGACCAUCGAAAAGGUUUUUCCUACAGACGUCAAUGUGAAAUCAAACAAUACCUUUCAAACCGAAGAAACUUAUAACAAGGAGGCCGAGGAUGAAGAAGAAGUAGAAUAUCUCGAAAACGAGGUUGUAGGAUCUACGAACGAUCCUGCGUCACCAACGAAAAGUCGAAAAAAGACUUCGAAUACUGCUUUGAAGUGUAAACUGUGUUCAGAGAUGUUCAACUCGGCUAUGUCCUUUCGAAAACAUGUUGCAUGGACUCACAAAAAGAAAGUGUGCAUACAAGAGGACGGUGCUUAUAUAUGCGCCGUGUGUGAUUAUAGAACAUUGAAGAAAAGCUUGUUCGCGGCACAUCUUGAAAGGAAACACGAAACUUGGUCGAGAAAACGACCAAACAAUUUACUCUUUCCCUGUGCCGCUUGUGGAUUCGUAUGUAGAUCGAAACAUUCGUUACAGUCUCACUUUAUAAGGAAACAUACGGAUCGAUAUGAACAUCAGUGUAAAUUUUGUCCGAAAAAAUUCAAGGUCAAAGGUGAUCUCACGAAUCACGUAAGAUUUCAUCAUAAGGAGAAACCAUUGAAUUGUGACGUUUGUGGAAAGCUCUGUCAGAACAGUGGUUCCCUUUACGUUCAUCAAAAAUGGGCGCAUUACAAGCCAAAAUACGAAUGUCAUAUUUGUAAAAGACGGAUGGUGACUCAAGAGAACCUGGACCAACAUCUUUUAAUGCAACACGAAAAAAGAGAAAAAAUCGUAUGCGCGGAAUGUGGUAAAACCUUUACAAAAAAGGAUUCUUUCAAGAGACACAUGGCUGUUCACACUGGAUGUAAACCGCAUUCUUGUCUGAUCUGUAACAAACCGUUUGCAAGAAGGUCACAACUGAGACAGCACUUGCUGAUACACACAGGAAAGCGACCAUUUGUUUGCGACAUUUGUGGAAAAGCUUUCACCCAAAAACCGGGUUUAAUAUGUCAUAGAAAGACACACCCUGGUCCUCAUCCACCAUUACCCGUGAUGCCAAUCGCGGACAUCGUUAAGGAAUUUACAGAGGGAUACGUUCAAGAGAUCAAUGCGCGUGAAAACGACGAGAGAAUAGUCGAAGAAACAUUCGGAGUAUCCGAUCCAUUGAGCGUGGACAUUAAAUCCGCUCAUCUGUCUUCACUGAAACUCGAAUACGACGAAUGCAACGAAACGAGAUCCUUGAAACGAACGGAUAACGAAGAUAACACUCAAAAGGAAACGUCUGUUCUUUUUGUAGAUCGUUUCAAAGCUGAAACGACUAAGUUGGAUAUCAAAGGAUCAUCAAAAAAGAAAAUAAAUAAGAACGUGGAAUGUGAUCAUUGUCAGCGAAGAUUCCUGAAGAAGAGUAACUUGAUAGAACAUUUGAAACAACACAGACAUAAAUGUACUGAUUGCUCGAAAACGUUUAGUCUUCGACGUUAUUUGAUCUCUCACAUUGAGAGGAUUCACCGUCGUCAGAUUUACGAGUGUAGCGUUUGCGAAUACAAAAGUAAUAACAAGGGUACACUGAAGAAUCAUUAUAUUCGGCUACAUACCAACAGUUAUGAUUAUUCCUGCGAUACUUGUGGCAAACAGUUCAAGAUCAAAAAGGCUUUGAAUCAUCACGUUAAACAAAACCACAGUGGUGCACCACCUAUCGUAUGCGACGUUUGUGGACACUUCAGCAAGAACCUUCAUGCGUUGAAAGCUCACAUGAAAUAUAGACAUUACAAACCUGAGUUCGUGUGUCGUAUUUGUAGACGUGGCAUGACAACUCGUGAAAAUCUUGAACAACAUUUAGCUUGGCAUGAGAACAGAGAAAAGGUUCUCUGUCCUACUUGCGGAAAAAGAUUUCGAGGUCGUGACCUUGAUUCCCACAUGCGAAUACACACUGGUGUUAAGCCCUUUCCCUGUCCUGUUUGUGGUAAAUCCUUCAGAAGACAAACUGCUCAAGAACAACACGUUCUUAUACACACUGGAAAGAGACCAUACGUUUGUGAUAUUUGUGGACAGGCCUUUGCACAAAAACCUGGCUUAAUUUGUCAUAGAAAAAGGCAUCCUGGUCCUUUACCACCUCUACCAGUAGUUUCCGUUAAAAGUAUAGUUACUGAGUUCACUAGGGAAUAUACAACGAAAAAUACGAUAAAGAUAAUAAUGAUAAGUUCAUUUUGUUACUACAGCAAGAUAAAUAAAAAUUCAUUUCUCGAACGUCUAUUCUUAUUAAUUCUAUAUUCAACGAAGAUAGUAAUUAAAAAGGGAACAGUUUAUACGAUUUUCUCAUCUAUAUUUAAUUGGCAACAGAGGAAGAAGUCACGAGGUGUACACGAGUGUAUCAAGUGCCGUGCUCGUUUCCGUCAUAUGAUGAAAUUAGUCGAACACUUGAAGAAUCUCCAUGGUAUUGAACGAGCAUUCAAUUGCGACGAAUGUGGGAAAGCCUUUCGUAGUCCAAUGAACAUAAAACGUCACAAAUUGAUCCACACCGGUCAAAAAAAAUUCGCUUGCGAUCUUUGUGAUUACGUUUCCAAUCAAAAAUCAAACUUGGAAUCUCAUCUUCGCAGACAUAGAAAGGAUUACGUUUACAAGUGCGAAAAGUGUCAGAAAGGAUUUUUUGAUAGGGCAGACUAUGAAGAACAUUUUAACGUACACGUCAAAGACAAAUUUUAUCAAUGUGAAUAUUGCAAAAAAAUGUAUUCGUAUAAGAAAAACUUAACUAGGCAUUUGAGAAUUCAACAUACGAAUUUGUCUUGUAACACGAAUGUUCCAAGUCCAGCAAAGAACAAACUCAUUGGCAGAAUCAACUUGACUGAUCAGAAUUUAUUAAAAGAUAAAACUUCUAAGUUGAUCACAACGAAGUAUCUUUGUGAUUUGUGUGGUAAAGCUUUAUCCUCGCACAAGAGAUUAGCGAUUCACAGGCGUGUGCAUACUGGUGAAAAAAUAGCGACUUGUGAAGUAUGUGCUAAGAAAUUUAGUAGUAAAGAGAAUUUAAAAAUUCAUUUGCGAAUUCACACUGGAGAGAAACCGCACAUUUGUUCCGAAUGCGGUAGACGUUUUACGCAAAGGACAUCUCUGGUUAUGCAUCUUCGUUAUCAUUCGGGAGAAAGACCAUUUAAAUGUCCUGAUUGUGAUAAGAGUUUCAUUUCCGGUACAUUCCUUAAGAAUCAUCGUAAAAUACAUAACAAGAUCUUCGCCGAUGCUAAAAAAACCCUUGCAAAGGAAGACAACCAUUUAGAAUUGAACUCGUCGAUUUCUAAAAAGAAUAUUAUAUCAUCUAAAUAGGAACAAUUCACAUAAUAUUUUUAUAUAUUAGAAACGAUUGUAUGUACUCUUUAUUUAUAUCAGUAUUAAAUAUUUCCUUCGAUCUAA